UAACAGCCCCCACCAACAUCGCCAUUUACCAGCAACCAAAAUCAACACAUUACACAUUUACAUAAACUUUUUUUUUUUAAUUUCCACAAAAAUCGUUAAAAUUCAAUUAAAACCCUUUUUUUUUUAAUCCAUUUUUAUUAUUUUUCCUCAAAAACCCUAGAAUCUUUUCUUCACUCCCCCCUCCUUUUUCUCUCUUAAAUUCCUUUUUUCCUGAUCAUCAUCAUCUUCUUCUUCUUCUGAAAAUGGGUCUCUGUCUCUUUUUCUGUGUAAUCUAACACCCUAGAUUUUUCACCUAAGAAUAAAAGAGGAAAAAAAGAAUCUAACCUCCUCUAUUUCUAACAUAAUUUUAAUUUUUUUUGGGUAAUUUACUUGUUCAAUUUGUAAUUUCUUCAAUACCCUUUUCAAAAUUUUCAUCUAAUUUUUCUGGGAAUUUUUUAUUUGACGAUUAUAAUGGCUGCUGUUGCACAAAAUGUUGUGAAUUCUGAUGAUCAGUUCACUAAAAAUUGCAACUCACCUACCCAGAACUCUGAGACUGACACUAAUAAGAGUUCUGAUUCAAAAUCCGAAUUCCAGAAGAAUAUUAACGAGCUUGCUGAUAUUUUAUCCAAGUUGAAUCCUUGGGCUAAGGAAUUUAUCCCCUCUUCUUUUCGUCUCAAGAAUGAUCAGUCUGUUCAGAACAAUUUUUCAAAGGUUUCGAGCAAUGAUAAUUUUCCUAAUAAUCGGAGGAGGAGGAAUACCUUUAACCAAGGGAGGAGACGGAUGAAUGGAAGAUCUUUCCGGGCUCAGAGAGAAGAAAGCAUUAGGCGCACAGUAUAUGUAUCUGACAUUGACCAGCAUGUCACUGAAGAGCGAUUAGCUGCCUUGUUUAGUAGUUGUGGACAGGUUGUUGACUGCCGGAUUUGUGGUGACCCUCAUUCAGUUCUUCGUUUUGCUUUUGUAGAAUUUGCUGAUGAGCAUGGUGCUAGAGCUGCUCUAAGCCUAGGUGGAACAAUGCUGGGUUACUAUCCAGUCAGGGUUUUGCCUUCAAAAACUGCUAUACUCCCUGUGAAUCCUACAUUUCUUCCCAGGUCUGAAGAUGAGAGAGAAAUGUGUGCAAGAACUGUCUACUGUACAAAUAUUGAUAAAAAGGUUUCUCAGUUGGAUGUUAAGAAUUUCUUUGAAAGUGCUUGUGGUGAGGUUUCCCGUUUGAGGCUUUUGGGGGACAAUGUGCAUUCAACUCGUAUUGCUUUUGUUGAAUUCGAUAUUGCUGAAAGUGCUAUCAUGGCCUUGAACUGUAGUGGGAUGAUUUUAGGAACUCAACCCAUCAGGGUGAGUCCUUCAAAGACACCAGUGAGGCCAAGGCUCCCUCGACCAGCAUCAAAUUGAGUUACAUCUCAUCCAAAUCCACGAUUCGUGGAUUGCGGCCAACAUGUAGUUAAUGCAAUCAGGAAAAGACCACCUUGUUGAAGGGAUGGUGAACAACUUUGAUUUCUCUUUGAUGUCUCUUGUUCCUUUAACAAUUGUCAUCCUGCCAUGAGGUUCAAACAUAUAGGACCCUGCUCUGCUUCAAUUGAAGUUUUUUCAGGAGUCUCAACUUUAAUGUUUCAUUGUCUAACCCAUUUAUAUGUGGUUCUUUGAUUAUUCCUGCUCACAACAAUAUUGUACUUUUGUCAUCUGUCACCUGAGUUAGGUUUAGCAAAAGGAAAAAUUUUGAGGUUCUGGUGCAACCGAAAAUAGGGAUAACCUUGAGCCUGAGUAUUCUGAUUUUGAUAAUUUUCUCCUUAA